AUCAACGCAGAGUACGAGGUUAUUUAAAAAUGGCGGACGCGUCGUCUUCCGACACUACCUCGGAUUGCUGCAAUGAGUGUUUCUCUGACAUUACGUCAGAAAAAUCGGAAUACGUCGUGGUUGGACGCAAACCAUGUCCGCCGCACCGUCGCAGCAAGCGGAACCUUCUGCAGAAGCUGCAGAUACGAGAGAUGAGAGGAUGUCUGUCAGCGCACAAUUAUGCCAUGGAGGAGAGACUGUUUACAAUUGUACCCAAGUGGCGACAUUUACAUCUCCUGCACAUAAUCCCAAAGUCUGCACUUGAGGCAGGGCAUAUUGUUAUGGGAUUGACGCAAUGUGGCCAGUUCCUGCUCACAUAUACGUACACAUUGGAUGUCAGCAGUAACACAUCUUUGUACAAAUACCUGUUGCACUGGUGGGCUUUUACGCCCAAUCGUGUAGCUCGCAAAGUUGCUGAAGUUACAUUGUUCGGCAAUUAUACAAUUUAUAGAGAAUUAAAUAUAGUUAUAUCACAAUGGCCGAUGGAGCGAAAUAAGCUUGUAAUUCAUGGUCUCUGUACAAAUUUCUUACAAUAUCAACCAACUGAUAGAGCAUAUUUAACUAUAACAACAGUACCAUCUCUCGACAAUUGCAAAGAUUGCUUGAAAGUUGCUGCAUCAUAUGAGGAAGAGGGUGAAGAAUUGGCCGCGAAUUGGGACGGCUGCGUACGAUGUAACUGCUUGCAACAUGGCCUUACAGUUCACACAACUUACGAAGUUAUAUCUCCAUACCCGAAAUUUCGCGCCACAGUGUGCCUAAAUUAUUGGAAUCAUGUGGUGGUCAACACGGGAAAUUUUCUACAUGUUCUCAGGGUAGAUUUAAAUAUACCUAAAUCGAAAAAUCAGAGGACGUGCGAUAAGCAGGACGGUGUCAUGCACGACACCGUUGUUCCGGACACGAUUCCGCUCGACAUGAGCGAUGUAGAAGAGGCAGACUACUCGAGAACGGAACGUUAUGAAAGUUCAGAUGAGAAAGUGAGCACGCCGGAAUGCGUCGAUCGAUCUCCCAAAUGCGAUUCCAGCUUGGAGCACGACUUUCUAGACGAGCCAAUUAAGUUAGACGAUAAGCUAGGACGCGAUUUGCCAUUAAAUACCUCAAGCAGUAAUCAAAGCGACUAUGUCUGUGAUAUAAAUAAUAAGUCUCCAGCCACAAAUGUCAAGUCGUGCGAAUGCUCGGACACGACUGAAUGCAAGUGUCGAAAUAAUAAUAGCAGCGGCGGCAGUCCGGCAGCCUCGCGACCGGUAACCGGCAUCGAGCAGACGGCCAUCUCAGUGCGGGACAAGAUCCUGCAGGAUUUCUGCGAAGACACAUCACAGGAAUUGAACAUCGGCAGCGAUCUUAUCACGCUAGUGAAACAUCCGUCGUGCUCGCCGCGCUCAACACCGCAGAGACUGCCUGCCGAUCUCAAAGCGAUGACCACUUGGUCAUCAUCGAUACUCAUCCCGCCGUCGGACAUCCUGCGCACUCGCAAUUCGGAAUCUAGUCACAGAAUCCAACGCAGUAGCAGCCAGCAGCAACGUUCAAACUCGCCGCAACCCGGCGCCUCGCAGCAAGACAACUCCGUGGCUUCCAUAAAUUCGCCGUUGCAAUCGGUCUCGAUCAGUCCCUCGUCCUCAUACUCAUCUCGUUUAAUGUCACCACCUGUCGCCCGUUCGUUUCGCUAUCCGAGUCCGCGCAAGAGAUCGAAUCUGCACUCGCCUCCGCCUGUCCCGUCUCAAUCGACAAGGACAACGAGAGCGACGCACAAACUUAUCCUCGAAGCGGAGAAGGCGUACGAAUUUACCGAUGAGGCGCAGGAGACGACUUGCGAGAAACUCAGCUCGUUCCGGAAACGUCGGCUUGCCGAUAAGAAAUAUGAAUUCUGUGAUGAGACGGAGGACGCGGAGAAUAUAGUUCCUUUCAAGCACAUACGCGAUCAGUUCAGGCAUCGCGGCACCUGUUCCAUACAUCAGAUUCCCUCCUCGCCGGCGAUGUCGCCGGUUCUGCCAAACGGCCGCAGACACUGGGUUGACUCGGAUCAAAGCGAACCGGACGAAUUGAAUCUUGCUCAAGAUAUUAGUAUAGUCAACGACUUGUCGAGUACCGAAUCAGCCGAGAAAAGUGUACUACGACCGUUGAACCAGAAUCAGCUGUCUAACGGUAGCGUGCACAGAGACCGUGUCGGCAAGUGCUGCUCGAAUUUCUCGCCGCUGGUUCCUCGAAAUAACUUGCAGUACCCUUUGAUAAAGUGCACUGCACGUUUUAAACGAAGCUACAUAGAGCUCGACGACGAGAUGAUAUCAGUGAUUACAGAUGUGGAAGAUGAAGAGACAGGAGGGUACGUAAGUUAUCAGUGUGUAUUGCCAAUGCUCGUGCAUGGCUCUGGAUAUGUUCAAAUGCAGAUGAUCAGCAAUAGCAAAGCAGAAAAAUUGAUAGUGCCAUGCGUCUCUAUAACGCAAUUGAGUUUCGACAUUGAGACUUUUUCUCAUCACAUAGCAGAUUGGAUCUGCACGAGAUUUAAGAAAAAGUAUUGGCACUGUAGCGACUACGAUAUCGAAAUAAUUGACGUAUGCGCGCUUAGCGGCGACAUUAUAUGUUUGCAUAUAAUGAAGAUCCAAGCAAGUGAGUUAUGUAGUCAAACACAAUGUACACAAGAGAGGAAGCAAUACGAGGUCGGAUGUAAGUUCACAUGGAACAUCGACACGAGCCAAUAUAGGAUAACAGACGUAUUGCCAAUGGAGGAGGUAAAGCCGGAAUCCUGGAAGCAGACCAUUACAAACAUACCGAAUUUUCGUAGCCAAUUAUGGAAUCCGACCCGUCGUUUAGCUACCCAGCUACGGGAAAAGAUUCAACAACCGUAUGCGCAUACAGUACGCUUCCUUCAUAACGAGAUGAGCCUGGCAGGCGAAUCUAUAACCAAGCUCAUCGAUUUGGACAAUCUGGUGCAGUUCUACAUAACGCCGAUGGAGUGUUACGUGGAACGUACGAACGACGCCUUAUUGGAGUGAGAAGAAACACAGGAGUCAUCAUAUUGCAUUUCAUUGCAAACAAUAAUUUAUUUAUUGAUACAAACUCCACCAUUUUUGCCAACUUGCCAAGCCGUGGCAUAUAAUGUAUAGAAAUGUACUCCGCCUUGUUUAACAGUUUUGCUGUUAGCAAAGAGUAUCUUCCUUUUCGAGCAUAAAUAACGGAUAUACAAAGGAACGUGUAAGCCAUAUAGGAUUCUUGCUACAUCCUUUUUUACUAAGCGAAAUCGAUUCAGUGCGCGGUGCGAUUUGUUCAUAAACUUAGAGACAUAAUUCAUAAACUUAGGCUAAUGGUACUAAUUAACGAUACAACGAAGCUCUCGCAAGCAAAUUUUGCUCCGAUUUGUAAAAUUUACCAGUGCUGUAUACUAUACACAUUGACGCUAUCUAUGCUAUCAUGGUAACUGCUGUACUUUGGUAGUAGAUAUAGAGGUGACUAAACUGAUUGUCAAUAAAUGUGUUGUAAUGUGCUUCACAAAGUAAGAAAGAAAAAGGGAAUAUGGCGAUAAACGCCUCGAUAUAUACUUUGGUCCCCAAAAUUAACUGACGACAUAAACAUCUGAAGAACAUCGGCAAAUUUUUGCUUGUACAUUAUAUAUAUCUAAACUUGUCCUGCAUGCAUAUGUAGGACCAAUGUGUUAUACUUAAUUUUUCACGUUAUCACAAGAUUAUUGUAUCAUAAAGGCGAAUUUUUCAGAUAGAAUUUUGAUAUUAGCAUAUAUUGUAUUGUACAUCAAAUGCAAUUUUCAUCGUUAAGUGCGUUACGGUUCGCAGAUACUGCAUAAUUUUUUUUUCGAGAUUUUGAAACAAUACAAUUUCCAAAGCAAUGAUAUUCGAAGCUAAUUGAAGAGAUCAUUUUUUUAAAUUGUAAUAAACUUUGUGUC